AUAUAUAGGUGGGUUAUAUCCCUUUAAUGCAGAACAUAGAUCAAAAUAUUAUCAUUGAUAAAUUAGCAAUUAUGAAGAUGCUCAUGAUAUUAAUGGUGGCUACAAUUUUAUUUUGCAACUACCAACAAGCGAUCGUAGCAAGAGAACUCGUUGUGACUGUGGACAAUGAUGUGAACAAGUUAGAAAUACUUCCAUGUUGGAUUUUCCACUGGCCGUGGUGCCCACCAUCGCCUCCACCACCGUCCCCAUCCCCACCCCCUCCCGGCCCAGCAACAAGUUGCUCGGCUAGUGACAAAGAAAAGGUGCAGACGUGCAUGUUCAACACAACUUCAAUUGACGAUUGCUGCCCUAUAUUUAGGAGCAUACUUGGUACUAGUUGUCCAUGCUAUAAGUACGCUGACGAUUUGGGUAAUCUAGAAUUGAUUACUCUUAAAUCUUAUUGCGAUGUCGUUAGCCCUUGUAAGGACGUUCAAGUAAUUAAGCUAUCCAAGGAGGAGGAGUAAAAAAUGAAGUUUAAUGCUUAAUUCAAUAUCUUUUAUUAAAUAAUUUGAUGUUAAUUACCUUUUCUAAGGGUACAAUUGUAAUGUUGUGUUUUAGCAAAGUAUUUGGACAUGUAUGUCAAAGUCAAAGUGUUGGUAUAAUAAAACAACAUUAUAUUA